AUGUCCAUGCUGCGGGAGGGCAAGGGGAAUCGUGGUCGCCAUAGCCAAUCACAGAAUGGCUCGAUGAUAGCUUCAUUACCUACAGGAAACAACUCACCCUGCCAAGACGAUGCAGGGCCAGACCUUCCAGAGGAAAUCUGGCAACAUUUAUGCUCCCUAGUGCCAAUGCGAGACGCUGCCAGGGCGGCCUGUGUGUCUCGUGUCUUUCUAAGCUCCUGGAGAUGCCAUCCCAACCUCACCUUCACCAAGGAAACAAUGUUCUCAAAAAAGAAAUUACGCAAGUGGGCACAGGACCCCACUGAUAAAACAUAUGACAGAGAGUACAACAGAAAUAUUGACCGUACUCUGGCAAACCAUAGAGGCCCUGGUGUGAAGAAACUCAUGCUUCACUUCCAUGGCCCUUACAAUAGCAGAUCCUUUAAUCGUCUCAACAGUUGGCUUCGGAUUGCUAUUACACCGGUGCUGGAAGAACUUACCCUUUUCCUGUUGUCGGAGAAGUCAAAGUACAACUUCCCUUGCUCACUUUUAUCUGACGGGAGCGGAAACACUAUUCGGAAUCUCUACCUUUGUAAUUGCGUCUUGCGUCCCUCAGUUAGCCUUAGUUUGAGAUACCUGACGAAGCUGUAUCUUCAUCAAGUGUGCAUUGCGGAGAAUGAAUUAUUGCACCUUCUUUCCAGUUCAUCUUCUCUCGAGAGUUUGAUACUCACACGAUGUGAGGAUAUAAUUCGCCUCGAGAUACCUUGCCAGCUGCAGCGGCUCAGAUGGCUGAAGGUGUUUGACUGCCCGAGUCUUCAACUUAUAGAAAACAAGGCUCCAAAUAUCUCCAUCUGCGAUUUUACGGGUGAUGAAUUACAACUCUCGCUUGGAGAAUCAUUGCAACUGAAGAACCUUACAUUGAACCGUAGGUGUGCCAUCAAAUAUGCUAUCGACAAGCUUGCAUCCAGUGUGCCAAACCUUGAGACUCUCAAGUUAUAUUCUCUUCAUGAGAUAGUCGACGCACCGAUGGUUCCUAAGCUCCUCCACCUCAAGGUUUUGCAUAUUCAUAUUGAUAAUUGGAGUAGUGGUCAGGAAUAUGAUUUUUUAUCUUUGGUUUCUUUCCUCGAUGCUUCUCCUUCGUUGGAGACCUUUAGCUUGUUUGUACCAGUGCAAUCAAAUUAUGACUUCAUUGCUGGAGACCCCUCAACCCUGAGGCAAAUGUCGGGACGCCACCAUGAGAAGCUCAAGACCGUCACAAUCACUGGUUUUUGCCGACAAAAGAGCUUGGUUGAGCUAACACGGCAUAUUCUAGAGAGUGCGACGUCACUGAAGAGCCUUACGUUAAACACUAUUGAUGCAGAGUAUUGGUUCUAUGGGCACAGCAGUAUCAGGAAAUGCCCAACCCUAGACAAGGAGUAUAUCAGGGAAGUGUGGGAGUCAAUCAGGGUUGUGAAGACGUACAUUGAGGGGAAAGUUCCAUCUACAGUUAAGUUCAAGGCUUAUGGGCCCUGCAGCCAGUGUCAUGCUUUCUGAAAUUUUAGAGAUCCAAGUAUUGUACUGCCUCUGUGGCUCUGUUUCACAAUGCAAGACGUUUUGGCAAACUAAAAUAGUUUACCAAAACGUCUUAUAUUACAGAACAGAGUGAUAUAGUUUCCUAAAUCCUAAUGUUCAUUUGUGCGGUUGUAGCUGUAAUGUGCUUUACUUCUUACAUUGGUUACCAGAGCUGUCCAAUGUUUGGGGUCCUGUACCAGUAUAUAUUCUUAUAAUACUUAAUAGUACU